CACGAUAAUAAGGGGUUGAUUGUUGAAUAAGAUAGAGAGAGUUUUUACCAAUUGAAGAAAUACUGUUAAAUAGGCGCUCCAUACGACACCGUUAUUGUCUUUCCCUUUAGCAAUUUGACGACACCAACGAUUUUUGUUCCCUCUUCUUUCCCAAUUGAACACGUCUGAUAGCCCAUAUCCUCAAAAUUCUACCCCCUGCUUAUCCUCUUCAGCGGUCCUCCGGGAGAAUUGCAGUUCGUCACCUUUCCACGGUCCAUGAUUCAGUAAUCUUUUUUUCCAUGAUUCAAUAAUCUAUCAUUCCUGUUUACCCAAAAACUUGUGCCCUGUAUCCAUCCAAUUGCGAGUGCCUCUCCGAAAUGUACUUGGUUGCUAAUUCAAGGUUCUAAGGGGCACAUUUGGGUAGAAGGAGAUAACCUUAUGUCCAGAGAUUCAAGGAACAUUGGAGAUAACAAACACAAUAAAGUAAUUUUUUUGGUGUGUGGAUGAUGUUAUUAUCUCUCCCCCUUCCCUUUUUAUCCAUGUUUAAUGCUCCAACUCCCUCCUCCUCCUCCUCCUACAUUCCUGGUUUUUAUGCCUCCCCCAGAUUUUUUCACAUGUUACAAGUACUGGGUUGCACUCCUUCAAUUUCUUCUUCUCAUAGCUCAACCCCAAGAUUAUUAGCUGCUACCAAGCUUAGACAUAUCUCAUCUUAUUCAUCAUCAAAAAAUAUUAGUUUUCAUGAAAAUCGCCAUUGCCACCGAUGCAACCACCCCACGGCACACAUCUCAUCCACUUCUGCUCCUUCGUCCUCUUUUGGCGAUGAGGAUGAGUUCGGGCCAGCCACGGACGAAGGAGAUGAUGAUGAUGAUGAUGAAGAAGAGGACGAUGAUGAUGGGCAUGUGUUUCCCCGGCACUAUUUAGCAUUCCCACAGCCACCACAACUCUCUUCAAAUUUUACAUCUUGUACUUCUUCUACGCCUCUGCCAGACCGCUGGGACGUCUUGGGUCUCGGCCAGGCCAUGGUUGAUUUUUCUGGGAUGGUUGAUGACGAUUUCUUGGAGAGACUUGGACUUGAAAAGGGCACCAGGAAAUUGGUGAAUCAUGAGGAACGGGGUCAAAUUUUACGAGCGAUGGAUGGAUGCAGCUACAAAGCUGCAGCUGGUGGAUCACUUUCUAAUACUCUAGUUGCCUUAGCUAGGCUUGGUGGACACUCAAUUGGAGGCCCUCCUCUUAAUAUAGCUAUGGCAGGCAGCGUUGGGACUGACCCACUUGGUGGAUUUUACAGGUCAAAACUGAAACGAGCUAAUGUGAGCUUUCUGUCAACGCUAGUUGAGACAGGAACAACGGGAACAGUUAUUGUUCUCACAACACCAGAUGCACAGCGCACUAUGCUUGCUCACCAGGGCACAUCUUCUGCGAUCAGCUAUGAUUCUAGUUUGGCCACUUCAAUAUGUAAAGCAAAUAUAUUAGUUGUAGAAGGAUAUUUGUUUGAACUCCCUGAUACAAUCAAAACAAUUACCAGAGCAUGUGAGGAUGCACGCAGAUCAGGUGCUCUAGUUGCAGUGACCGCCUCAGAUGUUUCUUGCAUUGAGAGACACUAUGAUGACUUCUGGGAUAUCAUGGCUAACUAUGCGGACAUAGUUUUUGCAAACACCGAUGAAGCCAGGACACUUUGUGAUUUCUCCGACAAGGAAAGCCCGGUAUCAGCGACAAGAUACUUAAGCCAUUUUAUACCACUAGUCUCAGUCACAGACGGAGCAAGAGGAUCAUACAUAGGGGCAAAAGGGGAAGCUGUGUACAUCCCCCCAUCGCCAUGUGUGCCAGUAGAUACCUGUGGUGCAGGGGAUGCUUACGCGUCUGGGAUACUAUAUGGGGUGCUUAGGGGAGUAUCUGAUUUGAAAGGUUUGGGUGCCUUAGCCUCUAAAGUGGCCUCUGUAGUUGUAGGGCAACAGGGUACUAGACUUAGGGUACAAGAUGCCGUUGCCAUUGCCAAGAGUUUUACAUGUUCAACUUCUUCUUCCAUGAGUUCGGAUGUUGGUUCCGAUCAAAUCUCAAGUUUGUAGCAUUAUCACACAAUAGAAACCCAUAUUUUUUGUGUAUUUAUUUAUACCACAAAACCACUGUACAUAUGCAUUAGUUAUGUAUUAGUACUAUUCUAGUGAGGCGAAAUAUUGCUCGAUUAAUUUUACGUCAUAAUACCUGAAAAAAAUCACCAAAUAUAGAUUGAUGACAACUGGUUCAUCCUUUUCUUUUUGCCCCAGGACUAUAUAUGUGACUUCGUUUACAUGAAACUCCUAAUGCAGACAUUUCGUAGUGCAGAGACUUUGUUUACUUACUAUUGCAGAGAUUUCCUCGUGUAAUUCACAACAGCCC